ACUCUAUAAAUUCGCGUGGAUUACGAAACAGACAUUUCAAUGCCAAUAAAAACUACCACAUCAAGAAAAAUAUCGCAGAUCAAAAAGACCAAACUAUGGGCAUUUUUUUCAAUAAAUGAAAAGGACAGAAAUCAGUGUGACUGGAUCACGCCCCGUUGCACUGCCCUCCACAGCGAUUGGUUCAUGGGAAAGAGAGCAGGGUUAAAACCCAGAGCGGUUAAAUACACAGGUAUUGAACAGAAGAGCACACCACAGUCCGUGGAGGAAUUUUCAUAGUGGAGGAAGCAGUAUAUUGAAUAUUUAAAAGAAAAAGCCUUAAGGACUUCGAAGUUUUGCACUGAGAAAGCUCACCUGUUCAACACACUUUGGCUCUGUGUAAGUGUUCGCUUUUGAAUUUUGUGUAACUGCUGAAGUGCAGAUUUUCAGCAACAUCUCAGGAUUUCGAGGAGAGCGUGAUGAAGUGCAGGCGGCCGCAGAGGAGCAUACGGGUGAUGAGUGUCAUUCAUUGGGCUGUGAUGCUGGGAUUGAUUCAGUCCGGCGCGCUUGGCGCGCGGAGAUUCCGCGGAGGUCGAAACCCGCAGCCGCGGCGCGCGCUGCCCUCCGCGCAUUCCCGAGACCGCGCCGAAACCACCGAGAGCUUCUCACUGGAUUUCACAGCCGUGGAAGAAAACAUGGACAAUUUCAUGACUCAGGUAAAGAACCUCGCGCAGUCUCUCUACCCGUGCUCGGCCCAGAAGCUUGACUACGACAUGAAGUUACAUUUCCUGGAGAAUACAUCAGUCACCUGUAACGACGGGACCCCAGCAGGGUACUACCUGAAGGAGUCCAAAGGAAGCAGACGGUGGUUAAUAUUUCUGGAGGGUGGCUGGUACUGCUUCAACAAAGAGAACUGUGACAGCAGAUACGAGACCAUGAGGAGGCUCAUGAGCUCCUCCAAAUGGCCACAAACCAAGACAGGCACAGGAAUACUGUCUUCACUUCCAGAGGAAAACCCACACUGGUGGAAUGCCAACAUGGUGUUUAUCCCAUAUUGCUCAAGUGAUGUAUGGAGUGGAGCCACACCAAAAACUGAUCAAAAUAACUAUGCGUUUAUGGGUUCACUGAUUAUAAAGGAAGUUGUGAAGGAUCUGCUCACCAAAGGUCUGGACAAUGCCAAGAUACUGCUGUUAGCUGGAAGCAGUGCGGGUGGCACUGGGGUUUUGCUGAAUGUGGAUCCAGUAUCUGAGCUCCUGGAGGAGUUGGGUCAUACAAACAUCCAGGUCAGGGGUCUAUCUGACUCGGGCUGGUUCUUGGACAACAAACAGUACCGCUGCACUGACUGUGUGGACACUAUCAACUGUGCGCCCACCGAAGUCAUCAAGAGAGGAAUCAAAUACUGGGGCGGCGUUGUACCUGAGCGAUGCCGACAGGCUUAUGAAGGAAAAGAAUGGAACUGCUUCUUUGGAUAUAAAGUUUAUCCUACCAUUAAACGCCCUGUGUUUGUAGUACAGUGGCUGUUUGACGAAGCCCAGCUAACAGUGGACAACAUUCAUCUGACGGGUCAGCCGGUUCAGGAGGGUCAGUGGCGUUAUAUUCAGAACCUGGGGACGGAGCUGAGGAACACUCUGAAGGAUGUCCCUGCCAUGUUUGCCCCAGCCUGCCUUUCACAUGAAUUCAUAACAAGAAAUUACUGGACUGACGUUCAAGUCAAGGGCACGUCUUUACCCAGAGCGCUCCACUGCUGGGAUCGCAGUCUACAGGAAAACAGCAGAAAUAAUAAAUCCCCUCCCAAAGGCUGUCCCGUGCACUUGAUCGACAGCUGUCCAUGGCCUCACUGCAACCCGACGUGCCCAACAAUCCGAGAUCAGUCGACGGGACAGGAGAUGAACGUUAUCCAGUUCCUCAUGCACAUGGGCUUUGACGUACAGAAGAUGGCCCACCAGCAGGGCAUGGACCCAAGUAAGCUACUGGGCAUGCUCAGCAGUGGCAGCUAAAUGCCGUGGAAGGACUCGCUCCCAGUUGGGGCUGUGCUUCCCAUCAGUCUGUUUUGAUACCUCCAACCCCUUCACCCACCUCAGCUUUGACCUCAUGCUGAGCCCUGCCUUUAGUCGGGGCUCUGUGCCAACUCUCUACGGGCUUCCAUCUCCAGAUCCCCCUAUUAAUGAUCAAUUUAAGAGUCCAAAUGGCAUCAUUUUCCUCCAGCGUAUAUUACCCAUGCAGAUUAUUCUCACUGAGCACCUUGGAGAUGGUGGAGAUGCCCAAAACAGAGAUUUGGAACGGAGCCCUUGUCAGAUCCACCUCAGUUAAACCAUGGGCUGCUGACUGUUCAAACGUUCCCAACACAACACCGUACCGGUGAAAGUACUGAUGAACCAUGUAACCGGUUAAAGGUACACCUGCAUCUCUGCUCUUAAUUUAUCUUUUGGUUAUAAAAGUAUCACGAAUGUAAUCCAGUUUUACGGAUCUUCAGCAUUGUUGUUUGCUUUGUGGUUUGUAUCUUAUUUUCUUUUGUUACCGAUAUAUUUAGCCACAGUUUAUUAGAGUUUUAUAUGUCAAUUCAGAGAAAGAAAAUACAGAGAGAGUACGGAUAUUGUCGAUUAUAGAGUUUAUAAUCUGCAACACGGAUUAUAGAGUUUAUGAAUUACAUGUAAAAUAUAUAUUGGAUCUACUCAAGACUAUAAAGAAUCGUAUAAACAGGAACUUUGGAACAGACAGACACACGUGUGUGGAAAGCACUGGAUCACCUUACUCUAAACCCAGCAUCAUUCUUGGGGUAUGGCUAAGUUAUUUUCUGAUAUGUCUCGAUAAUAAUAAUAUUUAAAGGAAUAGUCAGUCCCAUAAUAAUAAUUCUGUCAUCUUUAACUAACUCCAAUGCCAAUCCAUCCAAACAUGGAUCUUUUUUUUUCUUUCAGUAGAUCAUAGCUGGAGAACUUUUAAAGAAUGUUCAAGCUUCUGUUCUCUAUAUUAUCAAAGUAUAUGGUCAUUUAUACUGCCAAAAGCCAAAAAGGAUAUAACAACACAGUAAAAGUAGUAUCAUAGUUGUCAUACACUAUAUUCUAAGUCUUCUGAAUCCAGUUAAGGCCCAACUUUGACACCAAAAGCGAUAACUAUAAUGAUAACUAUAUGCAACAGUCAACGGUUGGGUUCCAGAAGUGAAAACUCCAUUCAAUUUCUCCAUAGGGAAAAUCAAUUUUUAAUGAUAGCUUAUAAACCUUUAAAGACAGCCCUACUGUGAGCUGCGAGGUUGUUAUAGCUGUUGGACCACGUCAUUUCAAUUUUGUUUUAAAAUAAUCGUGUUUAGGCAGAAACACACACCAAGCUGACGCCGACGAACUAGUGGCGAUGAAAGCAGACUGCGGGGUUGGCUCAUGUCAGCAGCGUCUGUGUCUAAAGUUGCCCUGACAUACUAAACCGAUGCUCGACAGCCGACAGCCAAGUAGCACGUCCGUUCUGCGCCUGCGCAAGAUAAAAUGCCUUUCUGUACCAGUAGGUGGCAGUAGCUGAACAGCAAUCAGAAUGAUCAGAUGGCCCGACGGACCGACGAGCUCCGACGCCGUUUCAACAUGUCGAAUCGGCCGGAAAAAAGCCAACGAGGACCAACUUCAGCCGACGGUGCGGAACACACUGAGAAAGCUUAGUCGCCCGACGGACAAAAACUGCCCAACGGCGACCGUCGGCUUGGUGUUGUCAUGCCUUUUAACAGCAGAAUUUGUGUUGAAAAACUACAUUACCCAUGAUGCUCUGUAGAAAAUUUCACCAAAGAGUCGAAAUAAGCAAAAUGCACCAAAAUAUCUUGUUAGCUCCACCCACUCCCAUGAAGCAUUGCGAAUAACGUAAUCAAGUUGUUCUCCAUACACUCUCAAAAUACUUAAAUGCUUGUAACUACAUGCAUAUUUUGCAAUAAAAUACACACUCAUAUAAUCAACAUUUUUAAAUAAAUGGUUUUAUAUUUUAAAUUUAAAGUUUUCAUUAGUUCACAUUGCUUCAUGGGAUUGUAGUUCUUUCCCUCACUAAAGCAGUUUAGUACAGUCUUUGUCAUUUUGUCUGAUUUUCAAACUUUUUUUGAUUCAAAUCAAAGUUUGUAAUGUUAUGAUUUACCUCAUAGCUGGUUGGCUUGGUUCAUGGCUUAUAACAGUUAAACUUUUUUGAAACGCCUAUGGGAAAAAUGAAUGGAAAACAUCCUUCCGGAACUAGCGAAACUAAGUUUUUAACAUUAUAGUUAGUCCUUGAUGUGAACAGGCAUUUAUUCCCCUUUUGCCAUAGCUAUCAAAUCUCAUUUGUGGUCAAGAUGACACAGCAAACAUUGCCUUUUGACAUGAGUGACAUCAAACCUUUUAUCUAAACACAAGAGCGAAUGACAUGACAAUGUGGAUCAUGUAGGUAUAUAUCAUAUAGGUAUGGACAAUAGAGAACUUCUUUAUAUUGCCUUUUUGGAGACUUUUGUGGCAGUGUACAUACAUGUGUGUUUGUAUGUAAAUCAGAAGGUUGGACAUUGAAUACUGUUCAUGAGGGUGAGUAAAUGAUGUCAGAAUUUUUAUUUUUGGGUAAACUAUUCCUCUAUGGUACAAAAUACAUAUAUCCUCACAAAUACUGGAUGAAAUGCAAAUUCCCGCAAACAUAUCCUCCUUUUUCAUAGUCACAUUUCAGGCCAGCAAUGUCCUGAAUGUGACCCUGCUACUCAGGUCGGUUCUCUAUACCUUUUUGGUAUACCUUCAGUUUAACUCGUUCACAUUGUAUUAAAAGGGGUAUUUCACUCAUUUCAUUCACUCAUUUUCUUUUCAGCUGUGUAUAAACUCUUGGGACAUUUUUGUCUUAGUAUCUUAAUGGUAAAUAAGCAAAAUGACAUUGUUUGAGUGCAAUUCCCCUUUAAAACCACCAUUGUACUAACAUGACAGUAAGAUGAUGGUUGAUCACACAUUUAUCAAUGCAAAUUCUCACUCAAUUGGGAGAGGCUAUUAUGCUCUGUAUCUAUGUAUAUGUUUUAUUAACAGCUGUCUCCUCUGAGAGUACUUUUGUCAAAUGAAGACAUUCUAGACUGUUAAAAUAUUUAAUAGAAAAUUACUUUUUAAUAUAAUUUUUUUUAUGUAGCGGUCUAAUGAAAAAAUAAAUAAAUCAGCCAAAAGAAAAGAAAACAACAGAGAUGUGAAGGUAUUACUAAUUGCUAUUUUGUUCUGUAACAUAUUUUUUAACAGAAAACUCAAUCUACAUUGCUAAGCUGCAUAUUUAUUUUGUUAUGUAAAUCAUAUUUAUAAUGCUAUUUUCACAGAGAAGUGAUUCUUUGUAAAUUGUAAAUAAUUCUGUUUUUUUUUUUCUUGUGUUGAAUGCAUGUUUGUGUCCCUGAGAGAAAACAUUACAGUUAUUCCAAAGAAACAUUUAA